AUGAGUUUUCUUUUUGGAACCAGAAAAACACCUGAAGAGCAGCUAAGAGAUAGCAAACGAACUAUUGCAAGAACACUUAGAGAGAUAGAUAGAGAAAAAACUCAGUUGGAGAGGGAACGCGUUCGAAUAACAAAUGAAAUUCGUGCGUUGGCAAAGCGUGGUCAGAUUGAUGCCGUCAAGGUAAUGGCGAAACAGUUAGUUCGAACAGAGAGUUACAUCAAAAAAUUUUCCUUGAUGCACUCAAAUAUUACAGCGUUAUCAAUGAAAAUUCAGACUUUAAAGUCAACCGCCACGAUGGCUUCAGCUAUGAAACAGGUUGCGCUAACGAUGAGAAAAAUGAAUUCAACUAUGCAAUUACCUCAAUUCCAAAAGAUUAUGAUGGAGUUCGAAAAACAAACCGAAACGAUGGAAAUGAAACAAGAUAUGAUGUCAGAUGUAAUAGAUGAUGCUAUUGGAGAUCAGGAUGACAUUGAAGACUCCGAAACUGUUGUGAAUAAGGUUUUAGAAGAACUUGGCAUCGAUCUUAAUGCACAAUUGAGUAAUCUCCCAACAGCUAAGGAUACUAUUGGAAGUACAGUUUCAAGUGCAGUCCGACCUCAUGCAGUCGCUACUGAUCCUACUCCAGUAGCGGGACCUGGGCCUAAUUCUGAUUCGGUUGAUCCUAUUGAUGAAAAUAAUUUGGAAGCUCGUUUAGAACGUCUCAAAAGAAAGUAA